AGGAGGAGGCGGAGGCACGGCGUUAGCAGGAAGCAGCCGCUCUCGCCGCCUCCUUCCCGCAGCCCUGGGGACAGAAUUGCGGGUUCCCGGGAGGGAAGCGGCUAACGGGGAAGGGCCUCAGCCUCCACCGGAUCAAUCAACGACCCCGCACCCCAUUGCCCGCCGCCAGCCGUCGCGAGGCGGGAUGGUGCCCUCCGCCGCCGAGUCCCCCCACCAGCUGCUGGGCCGGCUGCGCUUCCUGAACGAGGCGAUCGGGUGCUUGAGCCGGGCGGAGCCGCUGCCCGCCGCCCUGUGCUACGUGCCUCGCGAAGUGCAGUAUAAGAUCUGCAAGGACCCCAGCGCCCCCGGGCUCGCCUCCGCCUCAGGCCGGAGCCUGCUGUCAGUCUGGGACAAUCCGGGCAAGGCCGGCGGCGUCGGCUCGGGCUCCGGCGGCAGGAAGUGCCCGGGCAGGGGCACUAUCGAACUCCGCAAGGGGUCGUGCAUUCGGGCCAGCGGCGAAGAAUAUUGCAACGGGCACGGCCUCUGGGUGAAGCUCACCCGGGAACAGCUGGAGGAAUACAAGACUGGCUGUGAUCUGGAGGAAGGCUGGGUACUUAUGUGUAAGCAUGCUGAUGGUGGGGACAGGCUGGUGCCAGUGGAAUCUGUGGAGAGAAUCCAGAGGCAGCAGCAACUCUUUGGAGUGGACUAUAAGCCUGUGAUCAGAUGGGAACAGGUAGUGGAUUUAACAUAUUCCCUGCAUCUUGGAGCAAAGCCAAAAAUCAUGGAGCCAGAUGUGGCUGCAGUAGAGAGACUCCGGUUUGUGCCUCCCACAUGGAGUUACGAGUGUGAUGAAGAUCUGGUCCAUUUCCUCUAUGAUCACAUUGGCAAGGAGGAUGAGAAUCUGGGCAGCAUCAAGCAAUAUGUGGACAGCAUUGAUGUCUCUUCCUACACGGAAGAGUUCAACGUUUCAUGCCUGACAGACAACCAUGCAGACACCUACUGGGAGAGUGAUGGGUCCCAGGGCCAGCACUGGGUCCGUCUCAACAUGAAGAAAGGAACCAUCAUCAAGAAACUGUUCCUGACAGUAGACACAACAGAUGAGAACUUCAUGCCCAAGCGUGUGGCUGUCUAUGGUGGUGAGGGUGACAAUUUCAAGAAGCUGAGUGACGUGGGCAUUGAUGAGAGCUACAUCGGGGAUGUGUGUGUGCUGGAAGACAUGACUGCUCACUUGCCCGUCAUUGAAAUCCGCAUUGUGGAAUGCAGAGAUGAUGGGAUUGACGUCCGCCUCCGGGGCAUAAAGAUCAAAUCAUCUCGACAACGGGAACUAGGGCUCAAUGCAGAUAUGUUUCAGCCAGCCAACCUGGUGAGGUAUCCUCGCCUGGAGGGGACAGACCCUGAUGUGCUCUACCGGCGUGCUGUGGUCAUCCAGAGGUUUAUCAAGAUCUUGGACAGUGUACUUCACCACCUUGUUCCAUCCUGGGACCACACGCUUGGCACCUUCAGCCAGCUCAAGCGUAUCAAGCAGUUCCUGUUGUUGUCCAAGCGACGCACAGCGUUAAUCACCCAGUGCCUCAAGGACUCUGAGACUAGCAAGCCAAACUUCAUGCCACGCCUGUACAUCAAUCGGCGCCUGGCCAUGGAGCAUCGUGACAAUCCAGCACUUGAUCCCAGCUGCAAAAACACCGUCUUCACCCAGGUGUAUGAAGGCCUGAAACCCACUGACAAGUGUGACAAGCCCCUGGAUUAUAGGUGGCCUCUUCGUUACGACCAGUGGUGGGAAUGUAAAUUCAUAGCUGAAGGCAUCAUUGACCAGGGUGGUGGUUUCCGGGACAGUAUUGCUGAUAUGUCUGAGGAGUUGUGUCCUAGCUCAGCUGAGAGCCCUGUACCACUGCCUUUUUUUGUCCGCACAUCCAACCAGGGUAGUGGUACUGGAGAGGCCCGAGACAUGUAUGUUCCCAACCCAUCCUGCAAGGAGUUCACCAAAUAUGAGUGGAUUGGGCAGAUCAUGGGUGCAGCCCUGCGUGGCAAGGAGUUCCUGGUCCUGGCCCUGCCUGGCUUUGUCUGGAAGCAGCUGACGGGGGAGGAAGUGAGCUGGAGCAAGGAUUUCCCUGCUGUUGACUCUGUGCUGGUGAAGCUCCUGGAGAUGAUGGAAGGAAUGGACAAAGAGACCUUUGAGUUCAAGUUUGGAAAUGAAUUGACCUACACCACAGUACUGAGUGACCAGCGCAUGGUGGAGCUUAUCCCUGGUGGUACGCGCACUGUGGUACGCCAUGAGGACCGUCUGGACUUCAUCCGACUGGUACAGGAGGCACGGCUAACAGAGAGCAAGGAGCAGAUUGCGGCCAUGCAGGCUGGUCUGCUCAAAGUUGUACCUCAAGCUGUGUUGGACCUGUUCACUUGGCAGGAACUGGAAAAGAAGAUCUGUGGUGACCCUGAAGUGACAGUUGAGGCCCUGAAGAAGCUCACUCGCUUUGAGGAUUUUGAACCAUCAGACACCAGAAUUCAGUAUUUCUGGGAGGCACUGAACAACUUUACUAAUGAGGAUCGCAGUCGCUUCCUGAGGUUUGUUACUGGCAGGAGUCGACUUCCUGCUCGAAUUUAUAUCUACCCUGACAAAUUAGGCUCUGAGACUACGGAUGCUCUUCCAGAAUCAUCCACCUGCUCCAGCACGCUCUUUUUGCCCAACUAUGCCUCUGCCAAGGUCUGUGAGGAAAAGUUGCGUUAUGCAGCAUAUAACUGUGUGGCCAUUGACACAGAUAUGAGUCCAUGGGAAGAAUGAUGCUACAUGGGACGUCUAGCCAAGCAGCUCUUCUGCCUUUUGUAGUUGCUACAGGAAUGAUAUAUACAUACACAUAUAUAUAACAAAUUACCAUGUGUGAAGAUACCCUUGUGUUGACAACCAGACUCAGGUGUAAAAUUGAUGGAUGGGGCCUUGGACUUUAGAGGAGUAAGGCCAAAAGGCACAUGGGGAAUAAUGAGAUGUUCUCCUCAUGUCUGACCAAGUUGAGAGAAUCUGGAUAAUGAACAGACAGUGUGGCUCCAGUAGUACUACCUUGUUUCUCUCAAAAAGAUCCCCCAAAUUAUCUGACAGGAAAUUAUUUAAAAUAUAUUUUAUAGUUACAUUUGGAGUGACAUAUUUUGGGACAUUUUUAUUCUUUGUUUACAACUAGUCACCUUUUCCAUUCAUCCUCAUAGGAUUGAACCAGAUGUGAAAGAUCCAUGAUCAAAUCUCCUGAUGUUUUCUUUAACAUGAAAAGCUGCUAUGAGACCCUGAGUUUGAAUCAGGGCCACAGCGCUGAGAGAUGAGGGAUUUUCCCUGAUAAUGCUUCAGGAGGCUGAUUUCCCCUGAAGAAAUAAUACAAGGGGGGAAAACUGUGGUUUAAUUCAAAGUAGAGUUCCCCUGCACUGUGACUGCUUUUUUAAAGUAAAUAUUUGGCGAUUGGAGCACAGGUCUCCUGAAUAAUAAUUUGAUUCUUAAUCUUUGUGUCUAAAAUCAAACUGACAUUUAGGGGUCCUAUACUAUUGAUAAUUUCUGGGAGCAGAGUUCAGAAGCUCCUUCAUAACAAUGGCGCCAAUUCCACGUCCCUACCUAUCUCUGUGCACAAUUACAGAUCAAAGUUUUCAAAACUUCUCUUGCUUGCUUCCCAUUGUAUCAAAAGUGAAGAUUUUGUUUGCUUGAGCUGUUUUAUUUGAGUGCUAUGUACCAGAGAUCCAUUCUCACCACUAGUGGGCAUUAUGGAACCAUAAUUAAAAGGAAUAAUCUCCCCCAUUCUUCAUGGUUUUAAAGUGUGCCCUCCCUUUGCCAGCAGUAGCUGGCAAUCUUUCCUGUUUCCUUUUUUCCUUGCCCAAAGAAUAUUUGCGUACAGGCAUGACAUGCCAGGGAGGCAAGACUCCCAUUACCUCCCAGAAACAAGAGAUGCCAAAGGUCACUGAGAUCCAGCUAGAAUCACUAUAGUCACUUCACCCUCUGAGCUUUGCUGACUGCCAGGCCAGUUAGCCCUGCCUGCCCUGACCAUUUCUGUG